GCUCGUUCUGUCCUGUUCUCACAUUUGGAGCAAGAUGAUGAUGACGUCGAAAUGAACCACAUGAGUGCGGAAGACAUGGAUUUGGAAUUGCAGCGGAUGACUACGCACUACGACGACAACGACCCGGAUUCCCGUUUGUGCCUUUCGACCAUAGGCCAUCGUCCCGCUGCAAACACUCCCGGUCGAACCGUUCUCGUGGCUGAUUCCGAUGAGGAAACCUGA